AUGCGGUUCUUCUGGCUUCUCUCCUCAUUGUUCGUCACUGCCACCAUUGCAGCUCCAUUGACACCAGAGGAAAUGGGUUGUCCUCCUGGCGGUGGAGUGUGUACGAAUCCUAAUGGUUACUCAGAGGAACAACUAGCGCAAAUGGAGGUCCAAAACGCAAUUCUGAGACUUGCAGAAGCGUCGGGUACUACCAUGCCAGAACUUUGUGCUCGACUUGGUAAGGACAAAGUGCUUGAAGGGAUGAGGAAAGACCUUCCAGCCAUUGUCUCACUGUGCAAAUGA